GUAGUUCCUCUACCUUGAAACGAGGAGGAAGAGAAAUGCAGCGUUCCUAAUUUUCAGGAGACAAAUAACUCCACAUUACGGAUGUGUUUUAACAUACUUUCUAAAGCGGGACGUGUCCAGCAGUGGUUGUAGUCGCUAAUGUUUUGGUUUUUCCUUGUGCAGUUGUACACUUAGCUGGUGUGUUUAAAUGCAGAAAACUGAAUUGAACGCAAUUGUCAAGGAGGACACUCUGAUUUCCCAUCUUUAUCAUCGGUCCCAAACGCAUCUGAAGAAGAGAAGGCUGCUUAAAAUAGCUGGUUAGCGACUGCGUGAAGAUGCAAUUGGCUCUGAGUAAAACGUUUGGCCAGAAACCAGUUAAAUUUCAAUUAGAGCAAGAUGGAGACUUUUACAUGGUUGGGUCCGAGGUUGGAAACUACCUGCGCAUGUUCAGAGGCUCUCUGUAUAAAAGGUAUCCAUCUUUAUGGAGGAGGCUGGCCUCGGUGGAGGAGAGGAAGAAGAUUGUAGCGUCAUCACAUGCCACGAGUGUUACUCUGCUGAAGGCAUCCGAAUGUGAAGAGAUCUUCGAGGGUAAUGAUGAGAAAUACAAGGCGGUGUCUAUCAGCACAGAGCCUCCAGCUUACCUCAGGGAGCAGAAAGCUAAGAGGAGCAGUCAGUGGGUCCCCACGCUGCCCAACAGCUCUCACCAUCUCGAUGCUGUGCCUUGCUCCACCACCAUCAACCGCAACCGAAUGGGCCGUGACAAGAAAAGGACCUUUCCCCUGUGCUUUGAUGACCACGACCCGGCAGUGAUCCAUGAGAAUGCAGCCCAGGUAGAGGCGCUGGUUCCCAUUCGCCUAGACAUGGAGAUUGACGGUCAGAAACUGCGAGAUGCCUUCACAUGGAACAUGAAUGAGAAACUGAUGACCCCAGAGAUGUUUGCGGAGAUUUUAUGUGAUGACCUGGACCUGAAUCCUCUGGCCUUUGUCCCUGCCAUUGCCUCAGCCAUUCGUCAGCAGAUUGAGUCCUACCCCACUGACGGCAUCCUGGAAGAGCAGGCAGACCAGAGAGUCAUCAUCAAGUUGAACAUCCAUGUGGGGAACAUUUCUCUGGUGGACCAGUUUGAGUGGGACAUGUCGGAGAGAGAGAACUCACCGGAGUCAUUUGCACUGAAACUGUGCUCUGAGCUCGGUCUGGGCGGAGAGUUCGUCACCACGAUCGCCUACAGCAUCCGCGGUCAGCUCAGCUGGCACCAGAGGACCUAUGCCUUCAGUGAGAACCCACUCCCGACAGUAGAGAUCGCUAUCCGCAAUACGGGUGAUGCAGACCAGUGGUGCCCCCUGCUGGAGACCCUCACAGAUGCCGAAAUGGAGAAGAAGAUCCGAGACCAAGACAGGAACACAAGGCGUAUGAGACGACUGGCCAACACCGCCCCCUCCUGGUAGAAAAAGGCGCUGCAUCGACAGACGAAGACACAGACUCCUGUUACUCUGAAAUAAUCACGUAAAUACACACCAGGUCAUCCUUUAUGCAUGAAGGAAGCGUGUUCCUGCACUCAGGCGGUCUCCAUGGACGCCUCACUGACUGAACACAACACACACAUCCAGGCAUUCCUCAUAGCAAUGCACCAAUCAUAGCAGCAGUUCAAAUCUCAGCCAACAUGACUGUCAUCAAAGGAUAUUUACAGAAGUCACUGUUCACUCAUCACAGCACCAAAUAUUCACACUCCACGUGUCAAGCCAACAUCACUGUAUUACAGUGUCGGAGUUUAAUAUAUCUGUAUAAAUACGAUAUGAACAUCGUUUGUAUAUCAUCAGGGGAACUCAACACUCACUCAAAUUCUUCCGACCAGUAACAGGUCUGUGAUGAUCCACGACUGAGCAGACUCCUUUAGAUCCUGUCCUCAGUAGCAUCUAGUACUGCACUAGAGGUGUUUUUCACAGCAGACACAUUGGAAAGGAGAAGCAUAGGUCGAAUUCAUAAUAUUAAUGUUGGCUCUGUGUCCCCAGUACAUAGUAACAUAUAAUGAAGUGGGUAGUAAUAUUAAUGACAUCUGUGCUUGUCCAGUCAAAGAUCCCUUUUACACUCGUCAUUUCAACCCGGCUCCAUGUAAACCACGCUUCAGAAAUCAGUGGUAAACUGGUAAUCGCCAAUAUGCGAGAAAAAUAAUAACUUCUGCACUUAAGCAGUUUGGUUACUAUUUUUAUUAAUUUAUAGAUUCAUACUGGCCUUGCAAAGCAAACCUUUGUUGGUGGACGAUCCCCCAGAUAUAAUACCAAAUUCCCCCCCAUGUGUUGGGUGUCAACAUUGGUGAUGGUGGAAGAACCUAAGAAAACAAACUAAAGUCCCAAUAAUCAUUGGGAUGGUGUGACACAACGCUCAUGCCAGCAGAAUCAUUCAGGCCACUAAAUAUUCCACAUCCAGGCUUUAAUAAAUGAGUGAGCCCCAGUAAGUGUGUUUGCUACUUUGGUAUCCUGUGGCUGAUGUUGGUUAUUUAAGUGUUUCUGUGUAAAGUCCAACUCCAUCCCAUAACGUUACUGUGUGCUCAAACAACGUGUUCGCAGCCAAUCAGAGUUGGUUUGAUUUCUGCAUGUAGACUCUGGUUCUGAUCUGACUUACCAGUUGGAUCAGUUCUGUGCACCGGUGUUCAUUGCAUGCUAACACAUAGGUAGUUCAUACUGUGCUGUGCAUGAGGGACGGACGAGUUGUUCCCGUUGUUACUCGUAUUGCAUCAGACUAGAACCUCUCUUUUACUGGCAGUGUAAACACUAGCUGACAAGAACCAAUGGUGUCUUUUAAAAGUGCUGAUUUUCAACUUGAAAAUAAUUAUGUUAACGUAUGUACCGCCACUUGUGUUCUUUUUUUGUAAAAUUGCUUUACCUUUAUAGUGGACUUGUUUUUUUUAUAUGAAAAAUAACAAUAAAGAAAACUUGUUGG